AGAAAUUUGACCAAAGUUAUGACUUACUAUUUUUCUUUUUUCAAAAUUGAUUUCACUUACUAAUCACAGAUUGAAAGAUUUGCUUUAGAGACCGAUAAAGCUGCGUCGCAAGUUGUAUGAAUUCUACGUGGCGCCAAUUACCACAUUUUGGGCGUGGACAAUCUUGUUCUGUAUAUUCCUGGGUUGUUUUGCGUACACAUUGCUGAUCAGGACACCCGUCCGGCCAACCUGGCUGGAGUGGUUCGUUUUCGCUUAUGUGGUCGCAUUUGCACUGGAACAUUUACGAAAAUUCAUGAUGUCGGAACCGGAAUCGAUCGCCCAAAAAGUGAAAUACUUUUUCAACAUAAUGUGGAAUAUAUUGACAACUGUAGCAAUUGUUACAUAUUUUAUUGGAUUUGGAUUGCGAUUGGACGCCGAACAUGCGUCCAUAAGGGCCGCAGGAAGAGUUAUUUUGGCGUGUAAUUCUGUGUUCUGGUCCAUCAAAUUGCUGGAUUUUGUAAGUGUGCAUCCUCGUAUGGGCCCUUACAUUACUAUGGCCGGAAAAAUGAUCCAGAAUAUGACAUACAUCAUCGUUUUGCUUUUUGUCUCGAUGAUGGCAUUUGGCCUGGCGCGUCAGUCGAUCACUUACCCAGACGAGAGUUGGCAUUGGUUGCUUUUGCGCAAUGUCUUGUACAAGCCCUACUUCAUGCUCUAUGGAGAAGUUUAUGCUGGCGAAAUCGAUACGUGUGGCGAUGGAGGUCUGUCGUACGGUUCCUGUACUUUUUAG